AGAAAAAAAUCGCACUCAAGACCGCGUUCCAGCGGGAGCGGAAAAGUGGCUGGGUAUAAGACGACGACACUCCUUACCAUCAGGACGCAGACAAGCAAUCGUGUGACUUGGAAUCAACAAGGACCAUGCAAAUAGAUAUAAAAUGGAUAAUGAAAUCGGAUUGGCCAUUUUGAGUUCCGUACUCCACAAAUUGUCGUACUCAAACAAAAUUUUACCACUUAGUCAAGACGACUCGAAUGGGAUUGACGUCGGAGUUCUACACAAACUGUUGAUGAAAGGAUGCUACACAAAAGACCAGGAUGAUACAGAAACCAACGUCAACGUCCGUCCUGGUCAAGAGCAAAGCCCGGAAAACCUUGGCCUAGAAGAAGAAGGAAUGACGGAAACAAUUGAAGUGUAUGUGAAAACACUGAAUGGGACAAAAAUUUCGUGCCACAUCAAACCCUCUGCUAAAAUUGAGGAAUUAAAGUACAUGAUCCGUUCAAAGGAAGACAUCCCAGUAGACCAACAACAUUUGAUUUUUGCCGGUAGACAGCUGGAAGAUAUAAAAACUUUAGAAGACUACAACAUUCAAAAUGAGCGCACUGUGAACCUUGUACUGCGAUUGAGAGGAGGAGCAAUUAUAAAUUUAUCACCGUCACUGUUGGACGAGCAAUUUCAUUAUAAUUACACCGACAUUUCUGAUAACGGAGUAGAGUUUUUUAGAGGAGGAUCGAUCUACAUACGCCCGUGCGGAUGGCAACGAUACGCUUUAAAAGUCAAAGGAAAGUACCCGGACGAUAUUUGGCUAGAAGGGAAAACACCUCGGGCUGACCAAUACUCUUCCGCUGAAAACGAAUGGCCAGUGUCCUACCACGGAACUUCUUACCACAACGGACUUUCAAUCGCUAGCGAAGGAUUUAAAUUGAGUAAAGGAACGCGUUUCUUGUACGGCAAAGGAAUUUACUCGACUCCUGAAAUAGAGGUGGCGGCCCAAUAUGCUGAGGAAGCAACGGUAAAUGGAAAAAUUUAUAAAGUUGUCAUGCAAAAUCGUGUCAACCCCAAAAAUUUAGAAAAAGUUCCCAAAGCUGAAACUGGUGUGGGCGAAUAUUGGAUCUCGCCCAGUGACGAAGACAUUCGCCCAUAUGGUUUUUGUAUUCGAGAAAUUAACUGAGAGAUCAAAUAAACGGCUAAGAUGA